UUAUAACGCUUCAUCCAAAGGCAUAUCAUCCACAUCAAUAUGUCUAGCUUCGUAGCUGUUGACUAUGUUGUUUUCUGUAUUACUAUUGCGAUUUCUCUUGGCAUUGGUGUCUACUAUGCCAUUGCUGGCCAGAAAACCACCUCCGAAUAUCUUGUCGGAGGUCGACAAAUGAAAAUUCUACCCGUGGCAAUCUCUCUCAUGGUUUCGUUUGAAUCCUCCAUUAUGAUGUUAGGAUUUCCCGCGGAAACUUAUGUUUAUGGAAUGAUGUUUUGGUUGUCUAAUUUCGGAUUUCUUGCCUCGUGUAUUAUGGCUACCCGCAUGGUCGUGCCACUUGUACAUCCAUUGAGAAUUACCAGCAUAAAUGAGUAUUUUGAAUUACGAUAUAACAGCCGAUAUGUGCGGUUGCUGAAUCUGACGUUAGGGUACAUUAAUUACAUUUUAUACAUGGGCAUUGUGUUGUUUGGUCCUGGUAUUGCCCUGGAAUCAGUGACAAACUUUCCUAUGUGGGCUUCUACUCUAGUAGUAGCUGUAUGUUCGGUGAUAUACACAUCCAUCGGUGGAAUAAAAGCAGUGAUAUGGACAGAUGUAUUUCAAAGCCUUGUCAUGUUCAUGGGUAUAUUUGCCAUUCUUAUAAAGGGCACAAUGGUUGCCGGUGGCGUAUCAAAUGUAAUCGAGAUUAACAAAAAUACAGGAAGAUUAGAUAUGUUCAAUUUUGACCCGGAUCCUACAGUCCGACAUACGUUUUGGAGCCUUGUUAUUGGCAGUUGUCUUCGUAUGGCGAGUCUCAACAUCGGACAAACCUCGGUACAAAGAAUUGUAUCCACGCCCACCGAGAAAGCUGCUAAUAGAGUGCUCUUUUUAGCUGGACCUGCUUUCUUCAUUACCCUCACUUUGGCCACUCUAGAGGGAGCCGUGGCUUAUGCGUACUUUUCCUCCCUUGGUUGUGAUCCUCUCAAGUCCAAAAGAAUUUCCAACCCAAAUCAGGUUGUGCCAUUCAUGGUUUUAGAGAUUUUCAAAGAUGCUCCAGGAAUGGCUGGGCUGUUCAUGGCCUCCCUUUUCAGCGCAUCAUUGAGUACACUUUCCUCGGGGUUGAGUAGUCUCUCAGCUUUAGCCAUUGAAGAUGUCGUCAAACCAAAGUUUAAGUCCUUGUCAGAAAGAUCGGUGACAUUAAUAGCAAAAUUAUCAGUUGUGGUUAUUGGUGCUCUCUGCGUCGGGGUGUCCUUUCUUAUAGCAAAGAUUAAAGGACCAAUGUCGCAGAUAACAUUCAGCGUUCUUGCUGCCUUUGGUGGUCCUGCAUCUGGACUAUUCCUUUUCUCCGUGUUUUGUACUUGGGGAAAUGCAAAGGGAGCUAUCAUAGGAACACUGCUUACUGCAGUUAUCGGAUUGUGGAUUACUAAUGGACAAAACUUCUCCACAACCCUUAAACGUACUCCGGGACUGCCACCAGGACCAACAGACAAAUGUUACGAUAUGACGUCACUGUCAAAUAUGACGGUUAUGAGUACAACCAUGAUGCAGAACACUUCUUGGACAGAUUAUUACACCACAGAAACAACAACUGAUUUUCUCACAGCAUCGAUUCAACAAAAACCGCAAGGUUUGGACCGUUUCUAUUCUUUAUCAUACCAAUGGCUCACUGGAUUCCUUAUCAUUGUAUCCCUGAUAUUGUGUUCAUUGGCCAGUAUAAUAGUGGGUCGUCCUGAUCCGGCCACGGUAGAUGUUCGUUAUGUUCUUCCAUUUUUUGACCAGUUCUUUCCAUUUUUACCGAAAAAAUUGCGAAAGAAGUUGUACGGAGGGGUACCUUUUGAAAAGAGAGAAGAAUUGAUUAAGAAAUUGUUAGAAGAAAAGGAAAAGGAGAAUGAAAUUGAAGUACCGGAAGUUUUAGAUAAACGUAAUGGCGGUAGCAAAGAACACGUGGAAAACAGACCUGGGGAGUCUUCUUCAUUAAUGCUAAAUGAUGAAUUUCAAAAAGAACAGGCAGAUAUCCCAGCAGAUGAAGUAGUUUUAUUAAACAUUUCAACGGCUAAAAAAAAUUCUGUAUGAAAAUGGAUGAUUAACUUAUGUCGCAUUGUUAUGCAAUAUUUCAUAUAAACUCAAGUUAUUAAAAUUUCA